CAUAAUUGAUUUAUUAAAUUGCAUAUAUUGUGCCUUUGUGUUGAAUUAUCUUCUAAUAUAUAGUAGUUUUUUUGGCGUUGGAAAGAAAUUGAGCGUGAAAAAUUUGGCAGAUUUUUUUUAGAACAAAAAAUCAUUUUAAUUCGCAUUUCAAAGAAGCGCGGCAAACGUCGCCGUGUCGACCAAUGAGCACGCAUCCCGUGCGCCUGCCCGUGAUCACGUGACAUCGCACGAAUCGCUGGCUGCGCGUUGCCUGGGUGGUAGACGGGAAGGAGGGUGGUCGGGCUUCCUUGCGCAUCCCGUACGCUGCCGUACGCGUAUCCCCGUACUGAAAAUGGCCGCCAGCUGUCACUCGCCUGCGAAGUGUGGCUUGUUGUGAAGGAACACGACGCGGACUCGUCGCGGAACGGUUAUUCCGAGACGCGCAGCACGCCGCGGCGACGCUAUGCACUUGUGUGACGACACGUUGGCCGAGAUCGCACGGGUGAUUCGCCGCGAGUGAGAGAGAGGGAACGAACAACGGAGGAGAGGAAGGAAAGAAAAAAAAAAACGAAGCGGGGAACGCGAGAGUGCAGAGUGUGCUCGGCGAGACGGCGGUGCUCCGACGGUGUUGUCUCCACGGUGCCAUGAGAGUGCGGCCAGCUCCGCGGCUGUUUGCUGGUUUUCGUUUUCCGUGAAGUGCGCGGCUAAUCUAGUCCGUCGUUGGUCGCGCGGUAACGCGGCCGAAUCGUACGCCGCCGCCGCCGCCGCCGCCGCCGCCGCCGCCGUCGCCACCUCUUCCUCCUCCUCCUCCUCCUCCUCCUCCUCCUCCUCCUCCUUCACUUCGAUCCGCUCACGAAUCGGUCUCUCGGCAGCCGCGAGACUCUCCCGAUACUCCUCGCCCCGCGUGGCUGUCGCGAUACAAGGCCCUCCCCCAUUGGGAUUUCUCUCGAUUCGCUUUUACACUCCUCCAGCGAGGAAAUAAUUAAGGAAAGCAGAAUGGGUUCCAGUCAACAAUUCUCCCUUAGAUGGAACAAUUAUUUGAAACACAUUACCUGUGCUUUCGACACAUUAAGAACAGACGAAGAUCUCGUAGAUGUCACUUUGAGCUGUGAAGGCAAGAGGAUCAGGGCACACAAAAUGCUUUUAUCAGCAUGUAGUACAUACUUUAGAGAUUUGUUUAAGGAAAAUCCGUGCCAGCACCCCGUCAUAAUAUUCCGUAAUGUAAAAUUUGAUGAUUUGGCUGCCUUGGUCGAUUUCAUGUACCAAGGCGAAGUAAAUGUUGUCCAAGAACAAUUAGCGAGUUUUCUCACAACAGCAGAGCUUCUUGCAGUACAGGGUCUUACAGAUGGCACAGGAAAGGAUGACAAUCUAGCAGAGGAUGACAUAGAAAUUCCCAACGAGCCUGAAGUUCAACUGCAGAAUACUUCUGGUAAAUCCACAGGGGACAACAAAAGGAAUAAGUCCCCGUCGUCUCCGAUGCCAUACCAUGCCGUCGACCUACAACCUGAAGUGCCGCCAAACAAAAGAAGAAAAAUUCGAGAGAGUACGAAUAUGAACGCGGAGAAGAAUUCAUCGGGAAUUAACGCGAAGGAUUCCGAUGGCAAAACGUCGGACAGUCAGUCGGGACCAGGCUCCGAUCCGGUCGAAAUAAUUCCUCUCAUGCCGAAUUUGAAGCUGGAGAUGCCGGAAUAUCUGGAGCAAGACGGUAGCAGUUGUAGUUACGAAGAUCAGAGUAUAGGCGAUAACACACUGAAUAAAAUUGCCAUAGACGACACGUCGUCGACCACGCCUGAACACGACCAGAAGCCCGAUAUCAGUCAAACAUUUUAUUCGAGUCAAUCUGCAUCGGACGGUUUGGACGGCAAACAUCAGUCAGAUGUUGGACACCUGCUAUCUAAACCAAGUACUUCGGGAGAGAGGGCUUCACAGGAUGCAGUACAGGGGGGGGUGGGACGCAAUCGGAAGAACUUUGGCGAGGCAACUUGGCAGAAGGUUGCGGGGCCGGGGCGUUUUCCGUGUCGACUCUGCGGAAACGUUUACAGGCACCUUGCCUCGCUGACCCAGCACCUCGAAGUGCAUCGCAACCAGACGACCUGCAUCGUCUGCCACACCACUCUCAGUCGUAGAACCGACUUGCGGCGUCACAUGCGCCUGAAACACCAAGUACCCUGGACAAAAACGAUCGUGCGGCGGCAGCGCAACCCGAGUAGGGGAAACCUGCUAAGCGAAUUGGACUCGUAGAUCACACGCACCCUCUCUCUAUAGCCCCUUCUCUCUGAGAUAAUAGAUAUCGAUCUCGUCGUGACGAUUUCACUAUUAUUGUUGAACGCUCGAGCGACAUCACUUCUUGCUCCGCUCCCAGCCGCGGAUACCUUGUGCGUUUGCCAAUGCGAGAGCUCGCUCUCUUUCUCUCUCUCUCUCUCUGUGUGUAUCGAUCUCGUCACCUUAAUACUGUGUUUCUCUAUCGCGAUCUGAAUAAUUCAAAUUUGAUCGAUUUUAAUAUUGCUAUCGACAGGACAGAUAGGUAUCCACAUCGACACUUGAAGUUUAAGAUCUCAGGAUUGUGCCGCACAUUUUAAAAACGAGAUUACUACAUGGAUUGUCUACACCUAGUAGAUUGUCAUUUACGUGUUUACGUUUAUAUUUGCAUACAUUUUUUUCACGUAGACAAUACAAAUAACACGCUAUUAUCAUUAAAGUUAUUACACAAUUGAUAACGUAAAGAGAAAAAAUAAUUAAAUUUUGAGAUUGUUAAUUUGACUUUAUCGAUUAAAUAAAAUGUAAUAUAUAAUAUUACAAAUUAUAAAAAUUAAAAAAAAUUUUACAGAAUAUUUCAGUUUCCUAUUUCUGAUACAAUCUGAAUCUUUGAUCGUACGUAGUUUACAUUGUAUGCACGCAAUCUAGACUAUUCACAUUUUACGCGUAGAGAUCCAAUCCAUUAAUUUCUUUUUUAUAAAUAAAAAUAAGAGAAAAAGAGAUACCUAUAUUUUCGAGAUUAGAGAUAAACGUGCGAGCAGCACUGCGGCUUGACGCUAGUGUUAAGAUGACGAUCAUUCAUAUUCAUAAUUAUUCAGAGAUGUAAGUCUUUUUGAGAACGAGACUCUCGCAGAUAAAAAUUUACGCGCCUCUUUGCUUGCUAAUUUCUUCUCGCGAUGCGUGCGAGCGAGUAAGAUUGAACCUUGGAGGAUGCGCUCUCCUCGGGAGUUAUGUUAUUAAUUCGAUACAUUGAUUUUUUUUUUAUUGGAUACAAUUGUCGCUAAACAGCAUUCAUUUCUCCAGAUAACAUAGAAAAGGAGGUUCACGGUCGAAACGCGAUCGUGAUUGAGUGCGGGACGUCUCGGUCCUGUAUCCUCUUCCUCUCUCGAAAAAAAAUUAAGUAUUUUGGAAGUGGAGUUUUUUUAAAAUGAUUUUUACAUUGUUCAAGCGGCACUCGAGAUAUUGUUACGAGAGCAAGCCGAUUCGAUGAGUGGUAUUGUGCUUUGUCUGAACGUGCGUCUUAAUUUAGUCGAAAAUUUUAAUGCAACGGAUUUCUACUGGAGUACUAAGUAUUUAUAUAGCUGUGCGCAAAAACUCUGUGCAUCUUCGUUGACGACGCAUUUAAACGCGCUGAGAUCCGCGAGAAUCAUCGGCGUAUUCGUUAUGUCUUAACGAGUAUAAGGAAAAAGAAGGAAAAGAAAACGGCGGGUGAAUGAACUUGAAGGACAAGUUAAAAAUUCAUGUCCCGGGAAAGACACGUGAAUGAAAUGUGAAAGUGGACGGUUUUCGGGGGAAGAUUCGUGAGUGGAAGUAACCGAGCGAGCGAGCGUUUCUUAAAUUUAAACAAUCCGAUUUAAUUUAAAGUUCGCCGAGCCUGUUCAUCCGCCGUAACUAUAUGGAGCGUAUCCGAUAGACAGCGAUACUUUGAUCGUUCAUUAUUCACUACCGUGGAGUCUUUCCCUCGUGGAACGUCGCGUUGGAGUAUCGCUGUAUAUUUUCGUAGAUACGCUCCGUAUGUGUGCCACGACUCGCUGAAAAGUAGUGGAUAGUUGCGCUUUUCGACAUUUGAUUUCGGCGAGAGGCCGAUCGCGACGCUUCGCGCGUCACCCUCUCGGUAAAUUUUAUCAGCACGCGCGCGGCCGAACGGCCCCGAUUUAGAAGCGUUUUCCGCGAGAAAAUUAAUGUGUCUAGCUUCGCUGUACGCGCGUAUUUAUCUUCUGCUAAGUGUGCAGUUGGCGAUUGUGUUAUACAUUAGCGGACCGCGUAAAUUCGCGCCUUAGGCGUGUUAAGAAGUGAGGAUUAAGUGAUACGUGUUUAAGGAUCUAAGUAUCGUAUACGUCGCGGAUGAAGGCAGGAGGCGACUCUAUCGGAGGGUGCACGAACGCGGAUUAAAAGGGAGAUCUUGCACGCAGAAGAAUUCAGUACAAUUAAGCAUAUUAAGUAAUAGCUAUACGCUGCGGAGUAAAAUCCUCGCGCGCGAUAGGUGAAAGCAUUUAUCAAACGUUCUUUUGCAAGGAUCCUUCGUUGUAAGAGAAACGCGAAGGAGUCUCUUGUGCGAAAGGAUUUUCCUUGCAAAGUUCUUGCGUUCUCGAGGAUUUUUUUCGGGGUAGAGCGAAAGGCCUGAUAUUUUCAUGUAGAGCCCGUAGUUAGAGUCGCCUCUCCUUCGGAUUAACAAGAAUCAGCGAUCUUGAAGAAUUCUAGUCACUAUUAUACGGGACAUUAAAUUAUCGAGAUCUCUAUUGCUCGUUCACACAGGUCUCUAUAACGGAUCGAAGUUAUUUUUUUAUACUCCUCGAUGCACCCGGGAGCUCUCUCUCUUCGCGGCCGUCAUGUCUUCGCAGGACAUCGCAGCGUCGUAAUCCUUUCUUUCUCUCUCUCUCUCUCUCUCUCUCUCUCUCUCUGUCUCUCUCUCUCUCUUUCUGCAGCCACAACUCCCGACACGUUACACGGACUCUGUUUACACGUUUACGUACACCACGUGCUGAAGUUUCUUUGCGAACGAUUCUUGGGCUCGGUAUAUACCUAAAAAGCUCGCUUUACUCGAUUUUGUAUGAUUUUGUUAAGCCUAAUUUUGCGAACGCACACAAGACAGUCUACUCUACAGUAGACUCAAAUUGAAAACAAUUUUGGACAAGUUUUUUAACGUUGAACGUGCGUCGAGGGCUCUCGUAGCUCUCGGUGAUAGAGCUUUUACGUGUACAUCGAGCCUCAGCUUCAGCUGUCGAGACAGAGCAUAGAUACAGUGCCUUAUACAAUUAUCUGGUUUUACAUUUUACGCAUUGACUUCUCCAGAUGUUUACCAUAGACAAGAAUAUAUCUAGCGGUGCGAAGCAUCCGGAAAGUAGCCGUUAAUUCUGUUACCGGCCUCGUGUAAACAUUGUCUUUGUAUAAAAAUAAAAAAAAGGAAAAAAGCGCGAAAGCAGCGUUUCUCGACCCCGCGAAAAAUCUCGCGCGCAUUUUACAUCUCGUGCUCUUAAGAAAGAAAAAAAACCAAAAAGUUCCAAAAAUGCGAAUCUAAAGAUAUUUACCAGACUCGCUGAUAUCUGUGUUACAAUUUAAUUAUAAGUUAAAAAUUAAGUUAGAAUCUCGUUUAAUUUAUUAGUUUUUUUUUAUUUACUUAUUGUAAUGCAAUACCGCCGAAAAGAAUUAAUCUUAUUGUUCACGCUUCAGUGUGUAAGAAUUUCUGAAAGUAAAUUUCAAGAAAUGUAAAUCUUAUUGUUAGGUAUAGAGAUAUACGAUCUCAUAGAAAAAAGAAUUGCACGUGUUAAUUUUUGAAGAUUGCAAUUGAAAUAUUUUGAAUUUGUUUUUAUUUUAUUUUUAUUUUUUAUUUAUUUGUUACGUCGCAUAUUAUUGUCGCAUUAUUUCUAAGCCGUUAUUUUACUUGUUCGACGAUGCACGCAUAAUCUUUGAGAGAUUAAUACGCAGUUUAACGUUUGGGGAAACGCUGGUUUCGAAAUGACCGUCUGCGAAAUGCGUCAAUAUAUAUCCAAAGACAGAUCUGAAUAUAAGACGUCGUCGUUACCGUUGUUGUUGUUAUUAAAUAAGUAAUCUACAUACACGGGAGCGAUAUCGUAAGCGAGGAUAUUUAAAAGCGAGCGCAUUCAAGAGUAUUAUGCAAGUAGUACAAUAAUCGAGAAUACGACGCGCACGGUGUGCGCUCGUUUGCAUUUCGUUUUGUUUUUUCGAGAGUGACACUGCACUUGUGCACCUAACUAUUUACUCGUAGGUAUAAGUGAACGUAAUCAUAGUUGUUGAUCGUAGCACGAAGGUCCGCGUCUAGAACGGAUGUCUCGUUUAACUCAUUAAUUGCCGCUUAGAGAAUCGCACUGCGGGACGCAGUUGUAAUUACGUCCUGAACCAAACGCUGUAGAACGACGUGAUAACAAUUGGCAUUUAAUGGGUUAAUACAAAGCUACACGCGUAAAAACACACAUAAGUAUCUAAGGCCGUACGUGGAAAAAACUGUAUCAGGGAUCCUCAAGCUCAGUUCAAAUUAAUUUGAACUUAUUAUUUGGAAAUAUUGAUUACCAAAGCUUUUAUAUAAAUACAACAAAAUUAAUCUUUCUUUUUUUCUUAUUAUUUUUUUUUAUUAAGAAUCAUUUUGUUAAUUUUAUUUCAUACCUUUUUUGGAGUUGAAGUCAAUCAUGUAUAGAAAUAUUAAUUUUGUAUAUGUAGAAGGUUGUUUUAAUUUCCUUUUAUUUUUUUUUCGUAAAGUAACAUUUUCUUUAUGAUAGAAAAAAUACUGGCUAAUAAUAAAAACAAAAUUAAAUAUAAAAGUUGUGUAUAAAAUGCUUUUGUGUCUAAUCAAAUAUUUGACUAAUACUUGUAUGAUCUAAUAUUCAUUUUUAAACAGUCUUAAUAAACAUUUUUAGAAAGAUUUUUUUCAUAGAGGUUCAGUAUUUUUUAUGUACCUGGCGUAAAUAUUUUUUUUAAUUUUUUAAUAAUAUAAAAGAAUUUAAAAGGUAUAUAAAUUCUGAACAUAUCUCAUAAAAGUAGCAUCAAAAAGACUUUUUGUGCAAUGAGAUUUAAGUAUCCCUGCAACAGAUAAGUCGCGAUGAUAGCGGUAUUGCGAUAGUAAGAAAGUGUACAGAUUUCAACGCACGAGAAGAGUAAAAGAUACAUAAAGGAUCAAGACAAACGAAUCUCGACGGAAAAUCUUGACCAACGAAGCGGAAAAGCAUCAUACUGUUGGUAAGACGAGACGUGCGAAGAUAAACGGAGGUAAAAAUAAAAUGAUCGAUGAGCGUAUAUAAAAUUACGAGGACACGCGUAGCGUGAGGUACAGUUUGCGCAAAUCGCAGGGAAAGAAACGAAUAUGCGGAGGAAUGUCUUCGGUCUUGUGAGGAACAUCCGAAACGUGGCCCUGCGCGGGCGUGUUUUCGAAGUUGAAGUUUUUGAUGCAAAGAUUCAGGAAAUUAGUGUAUCGUAGAAAGAGAGAUGUAACAAUUUACAGAAUUUAGAAUUGAUAAAGAAUAUUUAGACAUGGAUACACUUAUACGUACAGCGUACAGAAUACAAAAUUUUCUACCCAUAAGUUUCUCGGAUCGAUAAAAAUACAUGAAAACAAACAAUUUUUCGAGCAAUGUUAAUAUCGGACUUUCAUUGAAAUCGAUACAAAGAUAUAAUACAAUUUAAUAGAUUUAUAUGAAUGGAUGCGAAUUUUACUCUUCUACAAAGAUCGUUCGUAUCGUACUCAUCUUUAUCGAUCCCAAAAAAUUGUUGAUAGAACAUGCUGCCAUUCUGUAUGUUGCGAUUAUGAAAUCGGGAACGCGCUGUCGCAAGAAAAAGCUGUUUAACCCUUCGAGGCGCAGUUUCAGCCAACAAUUUCGGAUCUCCCGGUCGACAGAAUCUACCGAGUGUUCAAACUUCGGAUUCAAACAAGAAGAUCGCAAAAAAGUGAUUUCAGAGUAAAAAUUAUAUCCGUCUCGGCCCGGAAGGGUUAAUUCUUUCUAAGGAAAAUACAGCGGAAGUUGCAGCGAUUUUAGAAAUUAACUGUAGAUAUCGUGAGACAUUGUCUGUGUAGCACGAAAAAAAACAUGCGUUCUCUAUUCAGGUACGUGUUACGUUCGGUAUCAUAACUGUGAGCUUGUAACUUAAUUAAAAGAUCGUGUAAGACUACGCUUUCAGAUGUUAUCGCAGUAAUGUAAAUAAAAGAAUUUCUGAUGGA